ACGAAUUGUGCAUUUUGCGAGUAAACGUUUGCCCCGUAAACAAUGUCACUGGAGCUGAAAUUUAAUAAUUUUCACAUUUGUAAUCGGCAGGGAUAAAAGCAGGAAGAAAAAUACAAGGCAUACAAAUAAUCAAAAAUAUAAGCAGACAGAGAUAUAUCAACAUACAACAAAAAAUACAUGCAAAAAUCUGAAAGCUACAACAAAGGAGGUUAUUAAUCUAUAAAAGUUCCGUUCCAUGUAAAGUGGCAACGUCGUUUUCUUUCCGGUUAAAAUAAUUUCUACAUUGGGAAUCAUCAUAAACGCAUUGGCAAAUUAUAGACCCGACUACGACAACCAGAAAACAUUGAAAGGAAACAAAGGCAUAAUAACAACAACGCAUAAAUAUCUCACUUAAGCGAAAUAAUAAGUACAAGAGAGAGACAAUAUUUUGGAAUAAAGAGACGUUAAAAACACAUCUACCGCCCACUACCGCUGUUAGCGUGGCUGGUGGACACUACGCUUGGUGCGCAAUCACAAUAAUAUGCAAAAUAAAUUAUAAAAACAGCAACAACAUAUAAUAGAAGAUAAAGCACGAGCGCAAAAUUUGUAAUCGGAGGCAGUGAAGAAAAAAAAACAUACAAAUACACAAAAGUUCAACAACAAUCACCAAACAAGCAAGCGGGCAACCGCUUGUAGGUAGAUCUGCCAAAGACCAGAAACAUUGUCGUUUUAGGCGGAGGUGAAUUGUAGCGUUCGCAACGAUAAUGGAACGUUUCGAUUUGGAGGAUGUGGUUGCACCGCCAACACACACUGCCGAUGCGCCACUUAAAGAUUGGCGUCUCAAGUAUCUGGCGGGAACAAUUCAGAAAAAUGACUUCACCGAAUUCUUUCUAAAACAAUCACGGAAAUAUUUUCAUUACCAAUAUGAAGCAGAGCAAGAUGCCACCAGACCCAGCUGGGCAGAUGUACUUUCUGCAUUUAGAAACUAUCAAACUACUAGGCUUGAUGGCUCGCGGCCCCGUGGCGCCUUGAAAUGCACUUUCAACGAGGCUGGCGCCAAGGAGCACAUCAUAAAUGUUCUAAUGGAGUUCGUGCUGGGUGAUAAUCCGAAAAUCGUGCUUGACAAACUGCAACAGGAGGGCACUACCGCCGCUGUGUGCGGCAAGGUGUUCAAAAAUGGCGAACCCACAUACAGUUGCCGGGAGUGCGGCAUGGAUCCCACUUGUGUGUUGUGUGUGAAUUGUUUCAAACAGUCUGCGCAUCGUUACCACAAGUACAAGAUGUCGACUUCGGGUGGUGGUGGUUGCUGUGAUUGUGGCGAUGAGGAGGCAUGGAAGAAGGAUCACUAUUGCGAGGAGCACUUGCGUGGCAAGGAGAAUCCCACCAGCAGCACAAUUAUCACGGACGCCAUCAAAGAGCGUUGCGAGUUGGCUUUCACUGCGGUUCUCACAUUUUGCGUAAGUUUUCUCGAAAUCGAGUCGAAUGCAAGUCUCGAGUGCUUGGAUGGCGACUUAGAUGACACCCAGGAGGAAUGCUUUUGCACCGUACUCUACAAUGAUGAAUCACACACCUUCGAUCAGGUCAUACAGACGCUGACGAAAAUCGCCAAGUGCCGCCAAAAGGACGCCAUGGAGAUUGUGGCGGCAAUCGAUCGCGAAGGACGUGCUGUGGUGAAAUGUGAUACGUUUAGUGAGUGUUGCCAACUGCAAGAGGCCAUCGAGAAGCAAGCGGUCGCCACCCUGUCGGCUUUACACACGGCACGCGCCAAUCAAUCGUUACGCGUUUCUGUGCUCAAUAUACGCGCCGUCGCUUGCCAACAAUUCGCGAUUCAAUUACUCUCCUGGUUUCAGGAGUUUCUCAUUAAACAUUGCAUCUUCAGGCAGAUAUUCGCACGACUCAUAAUGGAUCGCAAAGCGCCCUACAGCAUACGGCACAUACUCGAAUACGAUGUGAAGUUGUGGAAGACGGCACGCUCGUGUUGGCAUCGCCUGCUCAUUUCCGGCAUGCUGAUGGAGUACGACAACAAAAUGGCGCUGGCACAAGAAUUCUCCAAACAUUACGCCUCGGUUGUGCAGGACUUCAUACGCGACGAUCACGAGCACUCAUUCUCGAUUGUGUCGCUGAGUGUACAACUUUUUACGGUGCCAAGCAUAGCCAAUUAUCUAAUAGCGAACGAGGGUAUAUUUCACAAAUUGCUGCACACCUUCUAUCAUGUGGCCGUGGAGACGUACAUCAAGAAUAAGACACUGCAAUUUGCAAAGAAUGUUAAUGUAUCUUUCAAACGCGCCGCUUACAUACUCUACGAUUUGCGUUACAUACUCAGCUUCAAGCCGGAUGUGUGGACGGAUGAGUUGCGCGAGGGCUUUUUGGAGGGUUGCAAGGCGCUGCUGCGGUUGCUAAAUGUGAUGCAGGGCAUGGAGUCGACUACACGCCAAACCGGCCAGCACAUGGACUACGAACCGGAGUGGGAAUGCGCCUUCAACUUGCACAUCAAGCUGGCCACCACCAUCACGCUGGUGUUGGAGUGGUGUGCGACCGAUGCGGUGGUGCUGAAUAAACUCUAUCAAAUGGUAAUGCGCUACCUUUGCACGAACUCCUUCAUUGUGGAUCGUGUGCCGAAGAAGGAGGAGCGCCACGUCGCCGGCCAUGUAGCGGAAUGUAUUGUGUACGAUGUGGCCUCGCGACCUGUAUCCAUACAUCUGCCGUUGUCGCGUUUCUUUGCCGGCAUAUACCUACAUUUGGGCUCAUUUGGCUUGACAUUCGACAAUGCGGUAGUCGGUCACAAACGCUCGCCGGAGGAAAUUAUUGAGCCCAUAUUAUGCACACAAACCAUGAUUGCUCAGGUUCAUGCCGGCAUGUGGCGCCGGAACGGCUACUCACUGCUUCACCAGCUCUACUUCUAUCGCAUCGUACGUUGCCGCAGUGAAAUGUUAGAUCGCGACAUUAUUGGCAUGCAAAUUGGUGCCGCACUCAUCGAGAGCAACCAAUACCUCAUACAUAUUUUGAAUAAAUUCAAUUUGAUCAAAUGGAUACAACCGGAUUUUGAAAAGGAUUUAACUGCUCAAGCGGUGGAUGAUGAAUUUUUACUAUCGAUGAUUGAAGAAUUCUUAGAAUUACUUAUUGUAAUCAUCGGCGAACGCUACGUGCCGGGAGUGGCCAAUGUGACGGAAGAGGAUCGCAUUAAAAAGGACACCAUACAAUUGCUCUGCAUUAAACCGUAUUCGCAUUCGGAGCUAAAUCGCGCUUUGCCUGAAACGUACAAUGAUACCGGAUUGGAAGAUGUUAUCGAGUCGGUGGCAGUGUUCAAGAAACCACAAAAGUCGGACGCCAAGGGCGUUUACCAGCUCAAAGAAGCACUCUACGAUGAUUAUAAUAUGUAUUUCUAUCACUACACCAAGGAGGAAAAGUCCAAGUCCGAGGAGACACAACGGCUGCGUCGCAAGAACAAAGGUGAACUCGUCUGCUGUCCACCACCUAAGUUACCCAAGUUGACCGAUGGAUUUGUCUCGAUUGCCAAUUUGUUGCAGUGCGAUGUGAUGAUGACGAUUUUAACAACUGUGCUAGAUCGUGCAAUUGAUAUCAGUUCAAAUAGCUUUGCUGAGAAUCAUCUGCAGGAAGUACUCUAUUUAAUUGGCUAUGGACUGCAAGAAGAGCAAUCGGGCAAUUAUCCGUUCCUCUCCUUCCACGAACAGGCACAAAAAUACAAUAUGCUAUCGAAAUUAGAAGAGCUAUCGCGCAGCGCCAGGGUUGAGUCUCACCGUGAUUUCAUACUUUGGACAAUUAAGAAAUUCAAGGAGCUACAAACCAAAGACCAAACAGUCAGCGGUGGCGAUGUGAGCGCAAUGCCGAUAGAAGGUGAAUCCGUCGAGGUGGCACGUCCACUCACCGCUUCCGAGCAGGAGAAGCAAGACAAGGAGGAACGCGCGCGCUUGGCCGCUGAACGACGCGCCAAAAUAAUGGCACAAAUGCAAAAUGCCCAAAAUAAUUUCAUGAAAUCGAAUGCCGAAAUGUUUGCCAGCGCUAAUGUGCAGUCGGGCAAUCGCGACACAUCGACAUCCAUGGAAUGGCAAGAUGAUGUUUCGGUAAUGGACGAAGAAGGCGCUGUGGCUUACAAUUCGCUGGCUUGUCUGGGUGUGGAGCGUCGCUUGCAGCAGCCGGAAGAGCAGAGUUUCAAAUGUAUACUCUGUUUUGAGGAUUGCACCGUUAGCAAGGAUGGACCGACACUUGUCUAUUCAGCAUUCGUGCAAAAAUCGAAAGUGUUGCCACCCGACGCAAGAUAUGCCUAUUCGGUGCACACGAGCAGCUGCGGUCAUGUGAUGCACGUCGAUUGCUGGCAGGAAUAUUACAACAAUGAAGAAUCGAAGGAACAACGGCGACCACAUAGGAGUCGUCAACCUUUCCCACAGACACCACAGAGCACUGAAUUUCAAUGUCCGUAUUGUCGUUGCCUGAGCAACUCUGUAUUGCCGCUAAGCGCGCCACUGUCGAAGUACUCAAUGCCAUUGGUUAUACACAAGGGCGAGGAUUUGUUCCCCAUCGAUAUGUGGAUUGAAGUGAUGAAAACGCUGGCCGACGAAUUGAAUGUGUCCACUGUUGAGGGUAAUUUCGAUCGAGUUUUGCCACCGGCUCACACAAUAUUGUCGCGUGCAAACCUGUAUGCGAAUAUCGCACAAUUCGAGCGCAUCGCACAACCGAUUGAGAAGACCGAGUUUCCGCCAAGUUGGACAAAUUAUGUGCAACACUACGUGAAAUCGUUGCGUCAACACGCACCUACCGAUUUUGAAAAGUCAGAAAAAGAAGGGCUGCUAUGGCUAUGGAACACCUGUGUCUACACAGUUCAAACACUGGAAGUUUACUUGCGCGCAGUGGGCAAGCCAUUCAAGAGCGAAAUGUCCAUACGCCAUAAGAGCUGCCUAAAUGGGCUGGUGCGCGCAAGCUGUUUGUAUGGCGCCAAUCUGACGAGCACAGAUGUGAAGAACCUGGAGGGCCCGGCGGCUGAGUUGCUGGACAUAAUCUUCAAACAGAAAGGCAAUUCGGUCAUCGAGUGGAAUUGCUUCAGCAUGAUGGUGCAAAUGAUCUGCAUGGUGCCGAAUUUACUCUUCGCCUCUUCGCACAAAGCUGUGGUGGUCAACGGCAGCAUGAUGGACUUCUAUGCAGUGCAGCUAUUCUUUCUGGCCAAUAUGGUGAAGGCAAUCGUACUUUUCGAGCCACCCACAUUGGAAGGUGACAUGGAAAUGGAUGUGGAUGAGGAAUUUGACCAGGGCGUGAAACAGCUACCGGAAAAAGUACGCAAUAACAUAGCCGAAUUCUAUCGCAAAUACAAUUUCGCCGCACGCCGACAAGCGGGCAACACAGAGCAGCAGACGCGUUCACGACCACAACCGCAAACGCCACCAAAGUCGGAUGAGUCCACAACGCAAGAGCCAAUGCAGCCAACGGUCAGCGACGCAGAGCCAUCGCAGGAUGCAUACAUUGCCGACGAUGAGUUUAAGGCACCUUGCAAUUUGAGCACCAUCGCCGCGCUGUACGAUCACAUCAAAACUGAAAUGCGUGAAUUUUUACGUUGCUGCUGUUUGUUCUUCCACUUUGUGACCGAAGUCGAAUUCCCCGAUGAGCUCAGCUACACGGCCAGUGAUACAUAUGAGAAUAUGUGCAAAUAUUUAGGACUGCAGACCGGCUUGGAGACAUAUUUCGAGAGUGCCGGCUGCUAUGCCUCCAUACUGGAGACAUUUGCCUCGCACCCCGACAUAGUUUACUGUGACGUAACAACGAAAAAGAAGCGCUGCGGCCGUGACUUCGCAGUGGUGCCCUGCACCAUACCAGUACCGCGCUUGGUGGAACUACCCGAAGACUUUAGCGAUCUUAUAAACAGCGUUUCGGACUUUAUUUGCCCGAAUAGCGAGCGCGAAGAAAUGAAAACACCAUCGAUGUGCUUGAUAUGUGGCAAAAUUAUUUGCUCACAAUCCUUCUGUUGCCAACCGGAGUUGGAGGGACGCAAUGUGGGCGCCAGCACCUAUCACGCCAACUUCUGUGGCGCCGAGAUUUGUGUGUUUCUGCGCAUACGCGAUUGCCAAAUUAUCUAUUUGGGCCGUAAUAAGGGUUGCUUCUUGCAACCACCCUACCUGGAUGAAUAUGGUGAGACUGAUCAGGGGCUGAGGCGGGGCAAUCCGUUGCGUUUGUGUCCAACGCGCUACAGUAAAAUACAUUUGGUGUGGCUGGGUCAUGGACUGCAUGAGGAAAUUGCACGACUAAAUGACAAUACGUCUGUGGUGGCCACACAGUGGCAUCACAUCUAGUCGUUUUGGACGCGGCCAGCACAACGUUGUCGGGCAUAGAAACACAAGAGGUGAACAAGAAAAAAAGUACAUGCGACACUGAGGAGAUGGCGAAACCAAGUUGUCAACUUAUGUGAUUUAUGAUGAGAGCUAAAUGAAUCAACCUUAUCGGGAAUAUUUUAGCGCGCGUCAAAAAUGCUUUGUCCAAGACAGGUUUUGCGAAAUAUAUAUGAGGAGGAACAUUGGAAUUUCGUUCCCGCUAUGGUUGUAUAGUUUUGCCUUUUGAUUUUGUAAAGAAACAAUUUUUAUUUUAUUUAUUAUGAACUACUUAUAAUGAAAGCAGUGAGAGUUCGCUGAAAUGUGUUUUAGCCAAAAACAAAAAAAAUGAAAAUCCUGAAGGGCAGUUUAGUUUGUAGUGGAUAAGGUAAAACCGAACGCUUUUCAAGAUACAAAACAUAUGCAUAUGUAUACAUUUAUGUAUGUAUGUAUGUAUUAUCCAUAAACAUUAUCUGUGACUGUUUGACUCAGCUAAAAAAUAUGCUCGAAAAACUGCAAAACUGGGAUAGAAAACUAAAACUAAAUUAAAAUCCAACUGCACACAAAACUUUUCCGGCACUCGUUAGAACUUUCGCUCUAUAUGCAAUACAAAUACUUACAAUAAAAAUGUUAAUAAUUACAAUUAAACAUUUAAUGCAAGAAGAGAAUACAAAAAACAAAAACAAAAUAAAACAAAAACAAUGCAAAAUAAAGAAAAUCAUCCUUUGUCUUUGGAAUCUUUCUAUGCGCAACGUCGGCAAGGCAUACGCGAAGUGGGUGUAAUGAAAGUGCAGUGGCAUUAGUGUGGCUCAAAAAUAAUUAAGAAAAAAAAUCGUAAUAAAAUUGUAAUAAUUUUUUUUUACUAAUGGUAAUAAUGUUUGUCUGCCAUGAAAAAGCUCCUCAUAAAAAUAUCUGCCAUUCGGAGUCGGCUUGAAACUGUAGGUCCCUCCAUUUGUGGAACAACAUCUACACGCACACCACAAAUAGGAGGAGGAGCUCGGCCAAACGCCUAACAGAAGUGUACGCGCCAAUUAUUAUUAUUAUUAUUAAUAAUGUUUGUUUCACAGAUCGUAAUAAUAAUUUUUUUUUUACAAAAAUCGUAGUAGUUUAUUUUUUUAUAAAAAUCGUAAUAAAAUUGUAAUAAUUUUUUUUACUAAUGGUAAUAAUGUUUGUUUCACAGAUCGUAAUAAUAAUUUUUUUUU